AGUUUUCCGAUCCUGGCUGACAUGAGGACUCGCUGUGUCUCAGGACUGAGGGGACCAUGGAACAAAGUGGCAGCGUUGGGGCUUGGAGUAACACUCUCUGCCAUUCCUAUUGCACAGAAACAUGACCCGAGCCUGCUUAGCAACGAAGCCUUGAUCCGGCGAGCGGUCUCUUUGGUAACUGACAGCACCGGGACGUUGCUCUCCCAAACGACGUACGCGCUAAUCGAUGCUCUCACGGAGUACACAACGGCGGUGUACGCGCUGGUGUCACUGUACCAGAAAUACACGCAGCUCCUUGGGAAAAUGAACUCCAAAGAGGAGGAUGCUGUCUGGCAGGUGAUCAUUGGUGCUCGAGUCGAGGUGACGACAAAGCAGCAAGCGUACCUGAAGCUCGAGUCCAGGUGGAGAACAGCCUUGCGCCUUUCUGAGAUGGCGGCAGAGGCAGCGUACCAGUCAGGAGCUGAUCAAGCCUUGGUUUCAGCACAAAACCAUAUUCAGCUGGUGAAGAGCCAGGUGCACGAGAUACGGCAGCUGUCGCAGAAGGCAGAGACCAAGCUGGCUGAAGCUCAGACCGAAGAACUCCUGAAACUGAAAGAAGAGGACCCUUUGCUGCCUGCUGGUCAACAGGCCAGCAGUGAGGAGGCUGAAGAAGCUUACCUUCGCGAAGACUAAAGCCUGUUGAUUGG